AUGGUUCCGUCCUUUUGUGCAUUGUUCUUUCUCGGCCUUUCUUCCCUGGCCACGGCCGUUAACUUCACUCAGGUGUUUGAGUGGCCCGAUGAUUGGGACUACGAGUGGCCGUCGGAGGGAGAUGGAACUUUCAAACCACAGAAUAUUCAACCUAUUUACAUGGCUGUGUACGAAACAAGGAUCUUCCUCAGCCUUGAUAGAUACUAUGAUGGCAUUCCGGUGACUCUGGUGUCUUUGCCGACGAGCAGCGCGUCCUCUGCAUCCCCGAAACUUACUCUAUUCCCUUCGUGGGAAAUGCAAGAAUUUGGACACUGCAACAAAAUUGAAGAAGCAAAAGGGCUGGAAGUGGACUCCAUUGGAAGGCUGUGGGUGGUUUCCUGA